GAGACUCUCUCUACUCUACCCAUCAAUCUCAACAAACACUACUUUCUAUCUCUUUCUCUCUUUGUCAUAUCCAUUACGCAUAUUCGUAUCAUUCCAAAGCAAUCCCCACAAAUCAUAUCAUCCUCUCCAUCUUUCCUUGCUUCUUACAAUCUCUCCAAUUUCAAAUCUGUAUACUCUUCUUCAAAAAGGCUCCACCAGUCCAAAAUGAUGAUGAGGAAACCGGACAUUACUACGAUCAGAGACAAAGGCAAGCCAAAUCAUGCAUGUGGUGGUAAUAACAACAAACCGAAGCUAAGAAAAGGACUUUGGUCGCCUGAUGAAGAUGAGAAGCUGAUAAGAUACAUGUUGACUAAUGGACAAGGAUGUUGGAGUGACAUCGCUAGAAAUGCUGGUCUUUUACGUUGUGGUAAAAGUUGUCGCCUUCGCUGGAUCAAUUACUUGAGGCCUGAUCUUAAACGUGGAUCCUUCUCUCCUCAGGAGGAGGAUCUCAUCUUCCAUUUGCAUUCCAUUCUUGGUAACAGGUGGUCUCAAAUAGCUACUCGGCUUCCAGGUAGAACAGACAACGAGAUCAAAAACUUUUGGAACUCGACAUUGAAGAAGCGGCUUAAGAACAACAGCAACAACAAUACUUCAUCAGGAUCAUCACCUAACAAUAGUAAUAGUAAUUCCUUGGACCCAAGAGAUCAACAUGUGGAUAUGGGAGGCAACUCAACUUCAUUGAUGGAUGACUAUCAUCAUGAUGAAAACAUGAUGACAGUGGGGAACACCAUGCGCAUGGACUCUUCCUCCCCAUUCAAUGUUGGACCAAUGGUUAAUAGUGUGGGCUUAAACCAACUUUAUGAUCCCUUGAUGAUAUCAGUGCCGGAUAACGGAUAUCACCAAAUGGGAAACACAGUGAAUGUGUUCAGCGUUAAUGGUUUAGGAGAUUAUGGAAACACAAUUCUUGAUCCAAUUAGCAAGAGAGUAUCAGUAGAAGGUGAUGAUUGGUUCAUUCCCCCCUCGGAGAAUACCAACGUCAUUGCUUGUAGUACAAGCAACAACCUAAACUUACAGGCCCUUGAUCCUUGCUUCAAUAGCAAAAAUCUUUGUCAUUCAGAAAGCUUCAAGGUAGGGAAUGUGUUGGGGAUAGAGAAUGGUUCUUGGGAAAUAGAAAACCCUAAAAUCGGAGAUUGGGAUUUGGAUGGUCUCAUCGAUAACAACUCUUCUUUUCCCUUCCUUGAUUUCCAAGUCGAUUGACAAUUUCUCUCUUUUCAUUUCAUUCUAUCUUCUUUUACUCAUUCCUUCUUAUUCAUUCUUAUACACAUAUUUUUUAACAUGAAGUGGAUCGAUCUUUUUUCUAAAAGAGUCUCAUUUUUUUGUGGCAAAAAAGUCUUUAAAAAAUAAUAAUUCAGAAUUGGUAUAUUCUCUUCUUGUCCCUUUGUUUUCCCAUCAUAUGUAUUUUAUUAUUCACAAUAAUAUUGCUCAUAGAAACGGGAGAAACGGGAGAGAUAUGAUAUGCAUAGCUUAUAUCUUUAGUUGGAGGAACCAAUCACCAUGCAUGGUUACAUUAGUACAUGAAAUGUGAAUAGGAAGGUACAUUGAGAUUUUAUUUGCUGAGGAAGUACUUAAAUAAUGGCCCACACAGCAGUGAGGUGAUUAGUUGUUUCAUUUGUAUAGCUUUCUCUUUCUUUUCAUAUACUUUUCUGUACAAAUCUGAGUUUGAUUGAUGUGUAAAACGCGGUUUCGUAAUAAGAAAGCAUUAUCAGCUUUA